AUGAGUGAAACACCUUCAAGUAGUUACUCGGUGAAUCAUCCAAACUCCUCCGAGAGUGAACAGAGUUUAUCCACGCGCCAUUUCAAUGUUACUGAACCAGUUGUGGCAAAACGCAUUUGUUUCUAUAAAAGCGGAGAUCCCCAGUUUAAUGGAAUCAAAAUGGUGGUUAAUAGCAGGUCUUACAAGACAUUUGAUGCCUUGCUGGAUAGUUUAUCCAAACGGGUCCCGCUGCCUUUUGGAGUAAGGAAUAUUAGUACACCCAGAGGGAGACACAGCAUCACCAAUCUGGAGGAUCUGGAAGAUGGAAAAUCCUAUAUUUGCUCCCAUCAGAGGAAAAUGAAGCCCAUCAACCUGGAACAGGCCAGCAAAAAGCCACUGCCCUGGCAGAUCAGCAGGCCUGUCAGUGCUCAUGGGUUUGGCCAUCGAGAAAGCAGAAUAACAACUCCCAAAAAGAUGCUUGUUUUCAAAAAUGGGGAUGUAAGACAUAGGCGCACCAUAGUUUUGGGGAAGAAAAAUACACAAACAUUCGAAGCCUUUCUGGAUUAUAUGAGUGAGUUAAUGCAAUAUCCAGUUGCAAAACUCUAUACCACUGAUGGCAGAAAGGUUCCUAAUCUUCAGGCCCUGAUAUUGUGCUCUGGAGCUGUAGUUGCAGCAGGGAGAGAGCCUUUUAAACCAAGCAAUUAUGAAUCUCUUGGGUAUUUGCGGCCUGCUAAAUUGCUUGGAAUCGGAAAUCGUGUGUACCCAAAAGCAAAUGCCAAGUCAGAAAGUGAAAAGAUGGCAGCUGAAAUGGACUCUAGUUCAAGAUCUCAGAUAUUCUCAGUUUCUUCUGAUAAAGUAUCCAGCAAUGAUAACAACUCAAAUGAUAACAACUCAGAGUCUUCCUAUGUUCUUGACAGCCAUAAUGGGAUAGAAGGAAAUCGGUCAGUUAUUGGUGAAGACUUAUCUGUGGCACAGUAUCAAGAUGACAUUGAGAAAUCUGUUCAUGUUAAUCAAGAUGGCAGUAUCACAGUGGAAAUGAAAGUUCGAUUCAAAAUUAAAGAGGAAGAAACCAUUAAAUGGACAACCACCGUAAGUCGUGCUGGCCUUUCUAAUGACAAAAAUAUCUCCAUUUGCAGUUCUUCUGCAAUGAAUGUGGAAGACUGCUCAUCCAAUGCAAAUACAUCAGGGUGUAUAAAUCCAAAAGAUGCUCCAUUUUUGAAGAGCUGCAAUAAAGAAGAGGAAGACUCGGUACAGCAAUCCAAUGAGGAAAUGUCAGACAAAGAAUCAGAAUCUGAUUCGAAAACUUCUGAUUGUAACGUCUCUGAGAAGAACAAUUCUGCAGAUUUAGAUGCAGGCAAUGUACCCGAGGAAAAUAUCAAGCCUCGAUUUUAUAGGCCUCCCACCCCUGGGCCAAGGCGUGUUAGACAAAAGAAAGCAGUAGUUGAAAGUGUCACCUUGGUGUCUGAGAAAGAGGUUCAAGAGAAAACAAUACGACAGUUUUCCUACAGUGAGGAAAUAGAGAAUGGAGAAAAAACAUCUGAGUAUUGCAUGGUAGCUCAUUCAAGCAGAAAAAAAUCAAGUGUCAGUAACCCAAACUUUAAUGAGAUGAGUGACAAUGGUUUAUUAAAGCUUUCUUCAGAAAAUAUAAAAGAAGAAAUGCUUUUUAAAGUAAGCCACAAAAGUAGUGAGUUUAUAGAAACCACAAAUAGGAAGACAUUAGAAGUGCCUGAUGAGGAUGCAUUAGUACAGAAUAUGUUGGAGAAAUCAGCUGUGGGACAAGGUGCAUAUAGUAGUUUAGUAUCAACUUCCAAAGCUAACAUCAGUGGUUUCAUGCCAUCAUCAAAAACUUACCAGACAGCUAGGCCAGGUACAGCAGAUCACAUCCAAAAGUCAUGUGAUAUUAAACAAAUAAAAAGAUCAGUAAGUUCUUUCAUUACAUACUCUGAAUUAUGUCAGUCAAAAGAAGAAUUAAAAUGCCAAGCUGCUGAUUUAAUAGCUGUUUCUCAGGAUUCAGGGCAUUCAACCUGUGCUGGACAUAGCCAGAUGAAGAUGAUGACACCUCCAUGUAGUAACAGUCCUACUGAGAACAUAAAUACAACGACUAGAUUCUUUCCUACUGUUACAGAAAGUGAGAAUCAAAUCUGUGCCACGACUGAACCUGUGAUGACAAUGCUCAUUGAGAACAGUGAAUCUGCAUCAUCCAUCACCAAAAAGAAGAAGAAAAGAAAAUCAUCUAGCUUGCUAGAGCAAGGUACAGAUGAAAAUCAAAAGCAUAGGGAAAUUUCAGGGGUAAUUAAAAGUGAAGGGUUGCAAAUCACACAGGAUUCCACAACAGAGGCUAUGGAUAAAUAUUCUGAAAUGCCUCAGAAAAAAGGAUCUGAAUAUUUUGCAAAAAACAGUGAUGGGUCUGCCAAUUCAGUCAAAACUAUAUAUGCUGAAGAUGAGUUCUAUCAUGAGGAUUCAGUGGAACAAAAUGGAUCAUCAUCAUCUAAUAAGAAAAAAAGAAGUAAUAACAAGAAGUUAGCCAAGGUAAAAUUGAAGUCAGGCAAAAAAAGCAGUAUCAUUUCAUCUGCAAAGAGUGAAGAUGGUCUAAUAACAGCUGAUUCAAACAAUGAAGCUGAACACAGUCAGGAUACAAUUAGCACUGAGAAAGAAGGUGCACAUCUUAUAACCAGUACUUUCAAACAGACACCUAACUCAUCAGUGACUUCAAAGCCAUUUUCAGAAGUGCCAAAAAAUCUCAGCUUUGAAAAAGAAAAGGAAAAAAAUAAUUCAGAACAUUUGCUAUCAAAGAAGGAGAAAAAGCAAAAGGCGAUGAAGAAAAAUCUAGGUAAAGUUGUAAAUAAGUUAAAUAUGUCAGAGAGCGCCAUUACACUAGAGUCUCUAAACCAGGAAGGUUUUCAAGAGGAGACUGUUGAACAUUCACAAAAUACUGGUGCUUCUAUAGAAAAAGAAGCUAGAUUUAUCACAAAUAAUGUGCAUGUAACUGGAAAAAACCAUCUACUUGAAGAUAAUUUAACAAAAAAACCAUUAAAGCCUAUUGGUAAACUGAGAAUUUCAGAAGACUCAGCCAAAGAUCCAGAUGAAAGACAAACUGACUCUUUGAUUCAUUCUAACACAUCUAUAGUAGAAGAAGCUAAGUAUUCACUAAAGUCAGAAUUUCAUCAGGAGAGUAAGCUACAUUUGUUUCAUGAAGCACAUGACAAGGAUAAAAAGAUGGCAGAAGUUGACAUUCAAAUUAACAACCUAUGUAAAAGAAAAAGAUCUGAAGUUGCUGUUCAAGCUGAUUGCACAAUUGUUAGUGAGAAAAUUGGAAUUGAAGUUCAGAAUAACUGCAUGUCUAACAUUUUGCUGCAUGAACUACAAUCAGUUUUGCUUGGUCUGCAGAAAGGACAUAGUGGAUGCAUUGGAAAGUCUUGCAGCUUUUCGGAUCUUUCUCCUGCAGCCUUUGGUUCUUCCUCCAAUGCCCUCCUAGCUUGGCUGCUUUUACUGAAUCUGAGAGAGAGUUUGAUUGGGACAAUCACAGAUGAUAUGCAAAAGAAUUCCUGUAGCUGUUCUGAAAUACUGACACAGUUAAAAUGUCUGAAACAAACUGCAGCUAUAGAACAAGCUGAUGAGCUGAAGGCUGUCUUCUCACAUCUCCAACAAUCAACAGAAAAUAAGGUAUUACACUUUAGGAAGGAACUUGAAAAGCAGGACUGCACACAGGAGAAUAUGCCCAUCUCUGAAAUUCCUAAUGAUACACGUUUGCAUGAACAUGAAGAAUCAGUUAAGCCCUGCAUUGCAAUGGAUGAUGUCAAUUCUGAAGAAGCUCUAAAAUUAACUGGGGAACCAGAAAGCUGUUUUGAUGUAGAGAGGGAAAUUUGUAAAGAAACAGAGGGUUUAGACAUGACUGCUCCCAUAACCCAACUAGAUGGUCAAUAUGCCAAUACUAAUUCAAAUACCUGUAGCCUUCCAUCAGCUUUAGAGACACCAGAAAGAAAUGAAGAAAUGCCUGAUAGCCUAUAUGAAAAAAAUCAGGACACAUCAUUCAUUAAUGAAGAGUCGGAAUCUUCAGUAGAGCCUAACUCCACAGUUCAUAGUGUAACUUCUAAUGAUAACAAUUGUAUCUUAGAUCAGGAUACUUCUGAGUUAGAAGGUGAAAAAGACACUGUACCUGUUACUACUGAUAAAAAUGAAGCUGAGAAUGUUGAUCCAAAUUCAGCAGAUGCUGACAAAGCCCCAAAAAACCAACUUACACUAGAUACUGAAACCUCUGUGGAAUAUAAUAAUGAGGAUUAUUCUGUACAGGGUGACAAGGAAGAUGAAGAAAUAUCUGAGGAAACCUCUGAGAGGUUAUCUACAGUCUCUCCAUUAUCAUUUCGUUAUGAAUCAAAGCAAAUUACAGAAUGUGACAUGACUGAAGGAGAACAGAAACUGCAAGUGGAAGAACUGGAGGAUAAAAUGUGUUCUGACACCUCUCAAUUAAAAAAAUGCUUAAAAAGUCCUGCUACGUCAGACUGGUCAGAUUACAGACCAGAUACUGAAGAGAGUGACUAUAACUUUAGAGCAUCCAGUGACUUGACCAAUGAAAGUGGGGAGGAAGCACUUGAAAAACAUUAUAAUACUGGCUAUGUAAAGAGAACUAUUGAAAGACUCUAUGGCAAGACAGAAGCUUCAUUUAAGCCUGACUUUCACAAAGGAUUUCCUUAUACAUCAAAAGUAUUUCAAGUGGAUACUGAAGGAUUCCACUCUGCAGUGGGGGAAAAAAUAAUUUAUUUUUCUCAAGAAUCUAUGUCUUGUUCUGCAGAGAAAUUGUCCCAUUCUUCAUUACCAUCACAGGAAUAUCCAAUAAAAGUAAACAAAGAUGACACUAUAUCAAGAAGAGAAAAUACUCCUUUACCAACAUUACAGUCUGCCCUUAACAGAGAAGAGACAAGCUAUACUAAUGACUGUUUAGAGGAAUCUCCAAAUCAACACUGUCAACCUAGCAUUCAGGCUGGUGAAGAUGAAGGAAUAUUGAUAGAUAAAGGUAAAUGGCUUCUGAAAGAAAAUCAUUUGAUAAGAAGGUCACCACCUGAACAGAUUGGAAUGUAUGGUAAUUUUGAUACAACAUCAAUUGAAAGUGAUGAAGUUCCAUACUCUCACUUUGGCAAUCUGGAUCAGUACCCCACCCUUGAUGAGAUCCCUUCUUCAGAACUUGAAGACAUGGUAAAACCCCCUGAAAAAUUUUGCAGCUACUUCAAUAUGCCUCAUAAUAGUGAUUCAGACCCCUUUCAGGAUGAGUCAAAUACAAAAGGCAAACCUAUUCGCAGUGGUAAGAUCCUUCCUGCACCAAACAAAGACAUGACCAAUCCAUCAACCAUGGCAGGUUCUACUUCCACACAGGCUGACACCAAUUUUCCAGCCUUUUCAUCUGUGGAAUUUAGAUUGCCUGAUAACAAGGUACAUCCAUUGGAAAAGCCUUCAAAUGCUGUGCCCAUCCAGUCUCAGCCAACUAAUGCUAGUAACGUGGAUAGAAGUGCUCCUCAUGAAGAAGAUUCUCUGGAUAGGCUCCAUGCGAUAUGUGGCCAACACUGUCCAAUACUGAUGGUAACAGUAAUACCAAUUAAUGAGGAGCAGAGAGGAUAUGCCUACCAAAAGGCAUCUGAUAUUGAGAACCAGAUGGGUCAAAAUAUGUUGGCCAAAAAGAGCAAACAUUUAGGAUGGCCAGGUCAAGACCUGACAGACAAAAAUAAUCAUGUCACUUUGAAAAACAACUCUAUCAGUAAGAUUGCCAAUAAUAUCUUUAAUAGGUUUUAUGCUGAUAACACCUUAGAUUUUAUUAGUAACUUUGGAAUACUUGCAUCUUCAACUUUGAAGGACACAAAUAUUUUAGGGGAGUUACAUAUUUCAGAGGAUAUGAAUGCAAACCCCAUGGAAGCCAGAAAUUGUCAAAAUGCUAGGGAAUGGAAUGUGUCAGUCUUCACCAGUGAUGUGCCAUCUGCAGGAACAAGCUCAAAGGUUUAUAUUGCAUUGUAUGGAGAUCGUGGCAGUUCAGGUCCUAUUUUUCUUGAUGGAGAGAAGGGAAAAUUAUUUCAGAGAGGCAAUGAAGACAUCUUCACAGUCAAUACUAGGAACGUAGGACAUCUCUACAAAAUACGAAUAGGACAUACAAAUACAGGGAACUCCCCUGCCUGGCACUGCAAAGAGGCUUCAUCAGCAGAUGUUGUCAGGCUAAGGUGUGCCAUGUUUUUCAAACAAGAUGAAUCUUUGUCUUUAAAGUUUAAUAUUCGUGCAGCAAAAGACAUAAAACUGUUUCCAGAAAUUCUGAGUUUGUUCAAUAUUCAAAUUAAGGAGAUUAGAUUCUGCAAAGCACAGAGUGAAGCUACAAGGGAGCAGUUCUCUUUCCCGGCACAUCAAUGGCUGGCUGAGGAUCAGGCUGGUGGGGAAGUAUCUGUGGAGCUUCCUGUUUUAUACCAGGGUCAGCCUAUUCUUCCAGUGACUGUCUACAAAGUUCAUGUGACAACAGGAGACCUGUGGAAUGCUGCAACUGAGGCUGAUGUCUAUAUUUCUGUCUAUGGAGAAAGAGGUGAUACAGGAUCAAGACAGCUGCUCAGGUCACAGAAAUCCAAGAAAUUUUUAAAAGGACAAACUGACAUCUUUGCUGUUGAAGCUGUGCACCUUGGAUGUUUGUACAAGGUUGUAAUAGGACACAAUGGGCUUGGAUCAGGAAAUGGAUGGUUUCUGGAAAAAGUUGUGAUCAAGGAUCCUGUAACAGAUUUGGAUUAUACUUUUCUUUGUCACAGGUGGCUGGACCAGGGACAGGAUGAUGGCAGUAUUGCUAGAGAACUGCCUGUGACAGAUGCCAGCACAUUUCCAGGAAGUCUUUUUGAUGUAAAUGUCAAAAGGGGAAAUAGAUGUAUAUUCAGCAGUCAUGAGAUGCCAUCUCUUGCUCUUGCGCUUGUCAGUGGCCGUGUAACUGGAAAGAGCAAAGACAAGGCGUGCUGUGAGCUCCGUGUUCACCUCCAACCAGACAGCUGUGCCAUUCUUGAGUCAGCCAGCUACCCAGGCCACACUGUGGCUUUCAAUCGCCAAGGCAAAGUAGCCGGUGAAAGAUCAGGAUACGCUGGGCUUUCCAAAGACUUUGUUGUGCACGUCAAGGGUGUGUUUCACCAUGGUGCCAUCAUUCUGCUCAACACAAGCCUCUGCCAGGCUCUGUCCCUUAGACCUGAUGGGAGCUGCAGUGGAGCAGGUCAGCAGCAGCAGGAAUCCUACUGGAAGGUGCAUAAAAUUGGCUCUGGACUCUGCAUGUUUGAAAGUGUGAAAAAACCAAGAAUGUAUCUGAAGAUCAAAGAUGACCGGUGUGAUGGAACAGGCACAGGUGAUGAAUACUGUCAUUUUAAAAUUGAGAAUAAUUUGGAAACUGGAUCUGUGAGUCUGGAAUCAGUGAGAAAUAAAGGGAUAUAUGUUGGUCUUCUGCCAGAUGGCCAGACUAAACCAGUUGUUAACACUGGGGAGAGAAAUAUCUUCUUCUACCCACAGGUCAUCAGAUUUGGCCGGGAAAAGCCUAUGGGAACAUCUGCAGCACCCAAACAAGAGAAGAAAGAGUUCAGAGAAUCUCCAUUCCAAUCAGGAAAAGCCCAGGAGCCAGAACCUCAAAGGCCUUCAACUCCCCCACCCUCAAAGGAAAUGAGAAAUCCCCAAGGUGGUGAGUGUCCCCUUCCUUCAGAUGAUGAAUGGAAAGUGUCAAUACUGACAGGAAAUGCAGGAACUGAAGCAAGCGUUGCUCUUUGGAUAUAUGGAGACAGAGGAUUAACUGGACCAAUAACUCUUGGCAAGGACAACAGGAAGCAGAUGUUUUUUCCCAGGCAGGAAGAUGAAUUUCAGGUUAAAAUGAACAAUAUUGGGAAUAUCUACAAGAUAAGAAUUGAACUUGGUGGAUUACCAAAUGAACAACCCGAGUGGAACUUACAAAGGGAUUGCUUUAGAGAUGGCAAAAACACUGAUAUAGUUCAUCUCCUAAGCGAUGAAAAUAUGCAGGAUUAUUUUGCAAUUAUUCCUAAUUCCUUCAGACAGCAAUUUUAUUGUAAUGAUGUGUUUGACCAAGUUUUGCUUUUUGAAAAUUUGCCAUACUCUUUGGUGAUAUUGCAACAUAUAAAGAGCAAGAAAACAUUGAAUUUUCCAGCAAACACAUGGUUAUCAAAGAAUCGUGAUGAUAGAGAAUUUCUGUAUGAACUUCCAGUAGUGGAAGCUGGAAAACCUAUCUAUCCAAUUGUUUUAUACCAUGUUUAUGUCCACACUGGUGACUUGGAGCAAGCUGGUACAGAUUCUGCAGUUUAUUUGUGUAUCUAUGGAAAAAGAGGGGAUUCUGGUCUAAGACUUCUGCAUAAAACUGGUGUACCAGUUUUUCAGAGAGGAAUGGUCAGUGUUUUUGAAGUGGAAGCUGUAUCUCUUGGGAAGCUGCAGAAGGUGCUGUUGCGCUGUGAGGCCAGUAGCAAGUCCCAACAUUGGUAUUGUGAUAAAGUCAUUGUCAGAGAAGCCGAGAACAACUCAGAAUAUGUUUUCAAUUGUGAAAGGUGGCUUCCAUUUAUGUCUCAAGGUAAAAUCCAUUCAGAAAUUGAGCUGUACCCUCAAGAAGGAGAGUGGAAGAUAACUGUAGUCACUGGAGACUUUGAAACAGCUGGCACAACAGCAACAGUACUCCUUUAUGCUUAUGGAGAAAACAAAGCUUCUGGUCCUAUUCUUUUGGGAUCUGGGAAACAGCAGCUGUUUAAUCCCAAGAGUGAAGAUACAUUUAAGAUUAAUCUCAGAGAUCUUGGGCAGCUAUAUAAAAUCCGCAUUGGCCACGACAACACUGGAAAUGAUCCCAGCUGGUACCUGAAGGAAGUCAGACUUGAAAGAACAGUCCCUCUUUCUGAUGAAGAGAUUUGUCUCCCCGUAGAGAGCUGGCUUUCCGAAGACAAGGAUGAAGGUGAUACGUGGAGAGAAGUGGCAGUAAGAAGCCCUGCAGAGGAGCUCUUGCCAUUGUUGGUGUAUGAGGUCCAUGUAUACACAGGGGCUAAACUUGGUGCUGAAACAGAUUCCAACGUUUAUAUCAACCUCAUUGGGACAAGAGGAGAUGCUGGCAAAAGGAAGCUCCAUAGAUCUAAGAAUAAUAAUGUUAAGUUUCGACAUGGACAGAUGGAUAUUUUCUGCAUAAAGGCUGUGUCACUGGGAGACUUGGAGAAAGUUCUGAUUAGCCAUGAUGGAGCUGGUCCAGGCAGUGGAUGGUUCCUGGAUAAGAUUGUCAUCAAAUAUAAAGAAGGAGAGGAAGCUCAGGAGGUUGUAUUUCCUUGUAAUAGAUGGUUAGAUGAAUAUCAAGAUGAUGGGAAAACAGAGAGGGAGCUAACUGCCAAUAAGGAUGGCAGUCCAAUGAGGACAUCCCUUAAAGCACAAUGGUGGAGAGUGCAGGUUAAAACAGAUGGAGAUUCCCCAGAGCCACAGGAGUGUAAAAGGACCCUUGUGAUUUAUGGAUCAGGGGGCAAAAGUGAUGAGCUUCUUCUUUCUCCACAAACUCCAGGACAUGUGUGUUUUCUCCCCAGAGCAACUGAUGAAUUCAUCGUUGAGACUGAAGAUCUGGGAGAUGUAUACAAGAUUCGAGUCAGCUGUGAUGAUGUGCCAGGCUUUAAGGGCUGGCAUGUGAAGUCUUUUCACUUACAAGAGUGGAAUACAAAACAAGAACUGAACUUCGAGUGUAACUGCUGGCUAGCUCUUAACAGAGAGGAUAAGGAGCUGGUAAAGGAAUUCCCUGCAGUCACUGAGGACCAGAAAACUUUACCAGUCUAUAAGUAUGUUGUUUCUGUACAUAUCGGCGACCGCUGGGCAGCAGAGACUUUUGCUAAUGUUUAUAUCACCCUCUAUGGCAAAAGAGGAGACACAGGUGUGAGGAAACUUCAUACAUCUUUAAUGAAAGGAAGAAAAUUUCAAAGGAAUAAGGUGGAUUCAUUUUUAGUGGAAGCUGUUUCUCUGAGUCAUUUGCAAAAAGUGGUCAUAGGACAUGACGGAGAAGGCUACGGGGCGGGAAUGUAUCUCAAGAUGGUAACAGUCAAGGAAUCACAAGAUUCAGACAAAGAAUGGGUCUUUCCACUGUGGAACUGGCUCGACACUCAUCUGGGCUUAUGUGAGACUGUUUGUGAGAUUGUUACUGUUGGUAGAAGGUCGGCUCUUAGUCCUAAACUGCCUGAAAUCAACAUGAAGCCAUCAGGUCUCUGGAUAAUGGAUAUCACUGGAUCUGACUUGAGUGGUGAAGAGGAUCCAAUAUGCCUUUCUUUUAUCUUCUACGGCAACCUGAGUCACAAAAAGUUGCCACUUCAAGUCACAGGAAAAGCAAUUCAGAUCAAAGAUGAGCUGGCAGAUAUUGGCUCAAUAUACAAAGUUCAGGUAACUGGCCCACACAGUGAGCUAAAACAGCCAUGGCAUUUAGAUUUACUGCAUAUGAAGCACACAGGCACAAAGGAAGAGAUGUAUUUAGCUUUUGACUGCUGGUUCAACCCUAAGGAAGACAAAUGUGUGGAGCUGCCAGCUCUCUAUGCAGAUCAGGAGCCUUUGCCUGUUGUGGAAUACGAAAUCCAUUUGCACACGGGAGACUUGAGGAAGGCAGAUGCCACUGGAGAGGUUUAUCUUCGUAUACAAGGAGAAAAAAGUGACUCGGGGAAGCGAUGGCUUAACUCGAAAAACAGCCUGAUGACUUUUGCUAGAGGGCAGCUUCAGCUAAAAGACCUGGACACUAAACAAGAGCUGGGCUUUCACACUGAAGCCCCAUGUCUGUUUGGAGAAGAUGGAUCUGAGAUCGUGACAGAGCUUGCUGCUGUCAGGCCAGACCAGCCACCACUCAGGGAAGUUCUUUACUUGAUCAACAUCCAUACAGGAACACUGCCUGCAUCAGGAACUGAUGCAGAUGUAUUUAUCACAGUAUUUGGAGAGUGGGGAGAUUCCUGCAAAAGGAGACUAGGGCACUCACAUUUUGAAAGAGGGAAGGUUUGUAUGUCUGAAAUGAGAGCAGUAGACCUUGGACAGUUGAGCAAAGUGCUUGUGGAGCACCAUAAUGUGGGUUAUGGAGCUGGAUGGUACCUGGACCAAAUUGUCAUCCAGGAAUCAGGCAAGACUGAUGAACAAUAUGUAUUUCUUUGCCAGCAAUGGUUAGACAGUGGAGUUGGUGAUGCACAGACGGAACGAACAUUGAAACUUCUUGGAAAAGUCAGGAAUGGAAUGUUGACAGGAAAGAUUUAUGGGAUUUGGGAUGUCCACGUCACAACUAGUGAUAUUUCUUCUAGUUCCAUGAACCCUAAAAUGUCUCUAACUGUAUGUGGUGAAAAAGGAACUUGUACUUCAGUCAUAUUCCCCAAAGGAUCCCUUAAAAAAGAGCAGAUUUAUGAGACUUCUAUUGAACUAAGUAAGAAAUUUAAUACUAUAUUCAAAGUUCGCCUAGAAAUUGAAGAAGCUGGAGAAGGAGAGACUUGGCAUUGCCAUAAGGUAAAGCUUCAACACAGAGAAACUAAAAAUGUUCUAGAAUUCCCAUUUUGUCAUAACUUUGCUGAUGAAGAAGGAGGAAGAGUGACUGAACUUCCAGUCCUCACAGCUGGGUCCCCUUUUCCAGCAGUGAAAGUCUAUGUUCUCCACAUCACCACAGGAGCUACCCCUGGGUCAGGCACAGAUUCAGAUGUGUAUGUCAUACUGCAAGGCUCCUUGGGAGAUACUGGGAGAAGAAAGUUAACUAGGAAAGGAGAUGAAAAUUUUACUAAAGGAAAGGUGGAUAUUUUUCAAGUGGAGGCAGUGGAUAUUGGUAUUCUGCAAAGGAUGGUUGUUGAAAAAGGGAGAGGCUCUGACUGGCUUCUGGAGAAGAUUAUUGUGAAAGAGUCAGCAUCUUCAGGGACAGAAACAUUGUUUAUGGCUCAAACAUGGCUUAAAGACGGAUGUGAUGGAAAAAGAUCUGCCUCAUCAUUUCUAGUUAUCAUGGAGGCUGUUGACUUGGGAGAACUGGAAAAAAUUGUUCUUUUGAUCAGCAGUAAAACAGACUGCAAACUGGGCAUUAAAAAAUUGCAUGUGAAAGAAGCUGCAAAGGACCAUCCCAUCUAUGUAUUUGAAGUGAAUGAAGAAUUUUCUGUGAAUGCAAAUAAGCCCAAAAUACAGAGAGAAAUCCUGGGAUCUUUUGUUUUCAGAGGAGAGAAACAAAAAAAUGACAUAGAUAACAACUUGAAUAAAGAAGAAAGUCAAGUAAAAAAUUUGACAGAGUAUACUAUUAAGGUGUACACAGGUGACAAAAGGGGAGCAGGGACUGAUGCCAAUGUGCAUAUUAUUUUAUGUGGGAGUGAGGACAAAUCUGAGGUAUUUCAACUCUCUCAGUCACUGGAGCAUCAAAACCCCUUUGAAAGAGGAAAGGUUGACACAUUCAAGAUUAAGACGAAAAAAUUAGGCAGCCUACGUUCAAUUGAAAUUGGCCACGAUGGGAAAGGAUUUGCAAGUGGCUGGUUUCUAGAAAAAGUGGAAAUCACAGAUGCAGCUAGGAAUUCAAUGCAUUGCUUCAACUGUAACAGGUGGCUUGCUGAAGAUGAAAGUGAUGGCCUCACCACAGUGCAGCUUUAUCCACAGCUGCUUGAUUUCUGA